AUGUCCGUCUGGAACCCCGACAACAUCCGCGACGUCGCAGAAUCCGCAGGAAUUGCCAACCUCAACAACGACGUGACGGAAAACCUGGCGCGGGACGUCGAAUACCGCAUCGCGCAAGUCCUCGAAGAAGCCCUGAAAUUCAUGCGCCACAGUCGUCGCACGCUUCUCACCACCCAGGACAUCGCGCAGGCUCUCCGCGUCUUGGACGUCGAGCCCCUGUAUGGGUAUGAAUCGACAAGGCCGCUGCGGUUCGGGGAGGCGAGUUUGGGGCCUGGACAGCCGCUGUUUUAUGUGGAGGAUGAGGAGGUGGAUUUUGAGAAGUUGAUUAAUGCGCCGUUGCCGAGGGUGCCGAGGGAGGUCUCUUUUACUGCACAUUGGUUGGCCGUCGAAGGUGUACAACCGUCCAUUCCUCAAAACCCCACCGCCGCCGAUUCGCGAAACCUCGAAUUGAUGUCCAAGGGCCCUAACGCCAACUCUACCCUGGCCGCUAUGAGCGGCAGCGGGAAUGUGGCCGUCAAACCGCUGGUGAAGCACGUGCUGUCAAAGGAGCUGCAGCUAUAUUUCGAAAAGGUCUGCAAUGCCUUCCUGGACGAGUCCAGCGAGGAGUACCGCACGUCGGGCUACUCCAGUCUGCGGGAGGAUCCGGGACUGCAUCAGCUGGUGCCGUACUUCGUGCAGUUCAUCUCCGAGAAGGUCACCCAUGGCAUGAAAGAUAUCUUCAUCCUGACGCAGGUGAUGCACAUGGCCGAGGCGUUGGUGCAGAACAAAUCGCUCUACGUGGACCCUUAUGUUGCAUCCCUCGUCCCUCCCAUCCUGACCUGCCUGAUUGGUCGACAACUCGGCGGAAAUGCCGAAUUGUCCGAACAGUUUGCCCUACGAGACCUAUCCGCGUCGCUCCUCGGCCUCAUUGCCAAGAAAUACUCCCCCUCCUCGAUGACGCUGAAGCCGCGACUCGUUCGAUCCUGUUUGAAGACGUUCCUGGACCCAUCCAAACCGUUUGGCGCCCACUACGGCGCCAUCAUCGGUAUCCAUGCGGUUGGCGGCGCGGAGGCGGUGCGCGUCUUAGUUCUGCCCAACGUGCCGACGUACGGAAACCUCCUGAAGGACGGCAUGGCCGACGAAAGUGCGCGGCGGCCGGAAGCCGAACGGGUCUUUGGAGCCCUUCUCAGCGUGCUGGCCACUUUGCGGGAGGGACGUAUGGCUCUGGCCAACGGCGACAGCGGAAUAGUUACCGACGAGAUACGGCAGCGACUUCACAAGGCCGUGGGAGAGUUUAUUGGUAGCAAGAUUAGCGAACUGGGCGAGGUGCAGCUGGCGCAUGCGAUUCUUGACUCAUAG